GACGGAUAUUAUGGAACCCGCGAGCUGCAAAUUCCAAGCUCUGCACUUCUGCCUUCGACAACUUGAGAUUCAAUAUUUGUGGUGCUCUGCUGAUAACUGUUCUUUGCAUUCCUGUGCUCGGUGACACGGAUCCUCGCAUCGACAGUGGUAAUUUAUUUUAAUAUUGCUGCUCCACGUCCUCCUCCACCGCUUUUGGCUGGGUUGGAGCCUCCCCGCCUCCUGUCUCCGUCUCCCAGCGCACCACUCUAGUGUGAAGUAGCUCGUUUGAAAAGGAAAACACCCGGCGAAAGUUACACGUCUCAAUUGCCAUUCUCACAGUCUAGUCGAGGUUCACCCUCGUAAACAGAGUACCCCGUCAGUGCUCUGUGCGCCCGUGAAGCCGACUCGCCGUCCCCCCUUCCUUCUCUCCGGGCAUCAGAGAUAUUGUGGCGGAUAGGUACAUCGUCUGUUACAUACCUUACAUGUGGACACAGGACUGCUAGUCAAAAUGAAGGGCUUCAGGCAGAGAGUGCAUGAGCAGCUUUCGCGCGCGAAGGACUCGAACAAGUCCUCGAAGAAGAAAGACUCCUCAUCCUCUUCCACACCUGCCACAGCUCCCGCGUCCACGCCUUCCGGCCAAGGCCCAUCACCCACAAACUCGGGCCAUGGGACCCCGAACUCAUCCACCACCGCGUUAAAUGAGACAAAGGGAAAGGCUACCGCGCCCACCGACAAUGCAGGACACCCCCAGAUGACCAUUCACCAUAACGCACACGUUGUGCCGAAUCCCGUGCCCGCUCCCCAGCAUUACCCUCCUCAGCAGCCCCACGCCGGAAUGCACCCCGGCCAAAUGUCAGCAAAUGGACCAGGGACUCCUUCUCGACAAGUCCAACAAAUUGCCCCAAGCGUGAUCAUCAGCCCCAGCGCUCCGCAUAUCCCACCUCCUGGAGCUGCCGAAACAAUGCCCGGGGACCUUCAACCCCCAAAGAUUGGCCAGAAAUCGCAUGCCUUCGAUCGACUGCACACGACUCCCAGGGACGUCCCUGAGGGGAUUCGAACUCCAAAACGACAACAUUCUUCCCGCUUUGAUAUUUCAGACCAGCGUCAGAGGGACCUAGAAAAAUUGCCUGGAUUUCAUGAAGUGCCACCGAACCGUCGUCAAGACCUCUUCAUGCAAAAGAUCGAGCAAUGCAACAUUAUAUUUGACUUCAAUGAUCCCACCGGUGACAUGAAAUCAAAAGAAAUCAAACGACUUGCUUUGCAUGAGCUGCUCGAUUAUGUUGCAAACAACCGCUCUGUUAUCACCGAUCCUAUGUACCCAAAAGUCGUAGAAAUGUUUGCCAAGAACCUAUUUCGACCAAUUCCUCCCCCAGUGAAUCCCCAGGGGGAUACUUUCGAUCCCGAAGAAGAUGAACCAGUUCUAGAAGUCGCCUGGCCGCAUAUUCAAGUUGUCUACGAAUUUUUCCUAAGAUUUAUUGAGAGCCAAGAUUUUAACACGAAUGUUGCUAAAGCUUAUAUUGACCAGCAUUUUGUUUUACAGCUCCUUGAAUUAUUCGACUCGGAAGAUCCUCGGGAACGCGAUUUCCUUAAAACCACCUUACACCGUAUUUAUGGAAAGUUUUUGAAUCUUCGCUCAUACAUUCGCAAGUCUAUCGGGAACGUGUUCUUUCAGUUUAUGUAUGAGACCGAGCGUUUUAAUGGCAUCGCAGAGCUUUUGGAAAUUCUGGGAUCCAUUAUUAAUGGAUUUGCUCUUCCACUCAAACCGGAGCACAAAACUUUUCUUACACGGGCUUUAAUCCCGCUUCAUAAAGUCAAGAGUUUGAGCAUGUACCAUCCUCAGUUAGCCUAUUGCAUCGUUCAAUUCCUUGAGAAAGACUCGACUUUGACCGAAGAGGUUGUUUUGGGACUUCUCCGUUUCUGGCCAAAGACCAACAGUACCAAGGAAGUUAUGUUCCUUAAUGAAGUCGAGGACAUAUUUGAGGUGAUGGAUCCGAGAGAAUUUGCCAAGGUUCAGGAGCCUCUUUUCCAUCAGUUGGCGAAAUCGGUUUCUAGUCCCCACUUCCAGGUUGCUGAACGAGCCCUCUACUUCUGGAAUAACGAAUACUUCUGUAACCUCGUUGGCGAUAAUGUGGAAACGAUACUUCCGAUCAUGUUCCCGUCACUUUAUGAAAAUUCGCAAGGCCACUGGAACAGGACUAUUCAUAGUAUGGUCUACACUGCGAUGAAAAUGUUCAUGGAAAUUAAUCCGCAGCUUUUCGAUGACUGCUCCCACGAAUACCGUGAACUUCAAGAGAGCGCACCAGCCCGUGAGCAGAGUAGAAAAGCGAAAUGGGAAAAGCUGGAAGAGUUAGCGAAGGCUCAAAAGAACAAAGACCACGCUACUUUGCGUUCGAAUAAGCCAUUCGCAAAACUUCCUAGUCAUCCCGAAGACCCGGAACUGAUCGCUCAGGAUAAUCGGCAGCGACUUAAUGCUUUGAAAUUGCAAGAUGAGGCAGCAACGACUAAGGAAUCCAACCAGCACCGGUUGCCAGAGCGAGAGGGACAGCAUUCGCCGCUAUGAUUCUAACGUUUACAUACGUUUGAUUCAGAGGCGCCGGCGUGGAUCGUUCGAUGAUUCUCGGGGUCGACGGGUUGGAACCAGCACUGGACACAGAAGACGUGGCGAACGACGAAGGUCUGUUGGGAGCGGCAGCGGGACUUCGUCGGUCUCAGCAGUUACCCGUAGUAAUUCCACCAGCAACGUCAUGCGAACGAUUUGAUACCACUGUUCUUUGAUGACACUGAAAACCUUUGCUGACCUGUACAAUGAUGACAUUUGGCAUGAGCAAGCUGCAACGACCCUUGUGAUUUGUUUUAUCCCAUUUCCCCAUUUCCCCAUUUCCCCAUGCACCGGCUACCUGCCUUUCAUUUAUUUUUUCCUUCUUUUUUUUUUUCCCUUCUUGCUUUUGCGUGCCGUUCAGUUUAAUAAUCCCUAGUUUCUUGUGUACAUGGGACUUCUUUUUGAUUCCUUAAUUUUAUUUUCUUCUGCCCACCAUGACUAUGGAAAUAGGACUGCUUGGACCGUUCUAGAUUGCGUCAGGUUAGGGAAAAAUUGGUGUGGACGGCGUUGCCAUUGUUCCUUGGUUUGGGUCAGUUUUAGGACCCAUUUGAUUUUAUUUACAGAUACCUUCUGCAAAUGGAUUGAUGUUGCAAUUUCUCA